ACAACCGGUAUAUGAGUUGCUGUUGAGGACGUGAUAGAACUUCAUCUUAGAGCUCCUGCCGUCUGUGGCAUCACUUUAAGGACUACAUCGGUGGAUGAAACGCUUCGGAUCAGUUCUGGAGCCGCGCCUCCGCUUCUUCUUCACAUCUGCUCUUGGACUGUUUGGACCGUCACUGUCUUUUCCACAGUGAGUUUCGAGCCCCCCUGGACUGUAUCGAUAAUCCGUGUUAUGGUGGACAGCGUGACGAUCGGGGCAGACAUGGUUCCGCCCAGCAGUGGAAGUUGCUCUGUGCGCUCCUGAGCUCCCAUCAUCGCACGUUAUAUUUCUGAUAAAAGAGACCAGCAAUUAUGACGAGCGAGAGGAAACCACGGCUUUGUAUCAUCGCUAAAGGCGAGCACGGGUAUGGAUUUCACUUGCACGGUGAGAAGGGCAAGAGCGGCCAGUAUAUACGGAAAGUGGAGAUCGGAUCCCCCGCGGAGGAGUCGGGGCUCCGGGCUGGGGACCGAGUGGUGGCGGUCAAUGGUGUCAACGUGGAGAAAGAGACUCACCACCAGGUGGUGCAGCGGAUCAAGGCGGUGGAGAACGAGACCCGGUUACUGGUGGUGGACCAGGAGACUCAUGAAUGUUUACGCAACCUGCGGCUCACUGCCACGGAAGAGAUGGCGAUUUUGGGGGUCAAAAAAACCCCGUCCGCCCCAUCGUCCCCAUCGCCGUCGUCGUCUUCCACACCGUCGUCUCCCAGCAAGAAGCGAGAGAAUGGUUCCCUGUCCAAGCAGCCGGUGCAAAAACCCACCAGAAGGUCCCCGUCUAAGGCUGCAAAGAAGCAGGAGGCUCUCGCUGAGGACGACGCCCAGUCGAGGCCUCACCCAGACCUGUCUGAGCUCACCCCACGUCUGUGCCACCUCAUGCGAGCCGAGAUGGGCUACGGCUUCAACCUACACAGCGAUCGCUCCCGUCCGGGCCAGUACAUCCGCUCCCUGGACCCGGGAUCUCCCGCUGACCACGCCGGCCUUCGACCGCAGGACCGGCUUAUCGAGGUAAACGGUGUAAACAUCGAGGGGAUGCGACACGCUGAGGUGGUGGCCUUCAUCAAGAAAGGAGGCGAUGAGACGUGGCUGCUGGUGGUGGACCCCGAAACUGAUGAGCACUUCAAAAGAAGAGGCGUCAUUCCCACAAUCAACCAUGUCAAAGACUACGAUGGUCCAUCUAUAUCGAACGGGUCACGCAGCCCACGGAUUAACGGCAGCUCCACCUCCCAGUCCAUCAGGUCCACACACUCUGACCUCAGCAGCCAGGGCAACAGCACGCAGCUGGCCGACGAUGACGGCGCACGAAUGAUGGACCCCUUUGCUGAGAUUGGCUUGAGCCUGAGCGCGACAGCGGCGGAGGAGAAGCGAAAGCUGCACGCCAAAGAAAAGAAGAGGGCGCCGCAGAUGGACUGGAUGAAGAAAUAUGAGCUGUUCAGUAACUUUUGAGACAGUUUUAUCACGAAGAGCACCAAUCUAUCCACGUGGAGGAGCAGCAAGAUCACUUUUUCCUGGAACUAUUUGUGAUGAAACUGCUGACUGGAGUGGCACAAAUGAAACAAAUCUUCCUUCCAUUCUUCCCACUUAUAUUUUGAAACUGUUUAAAUGAGAGUGGAAGAAAUAUUUUUAUACCGCAAAUGCAUAAGUCUCUUGUGCAUUUGCAUCUCUUGUCUCACUAUGACAUCAUAUAAAUAACUUAGGGGACACUGUGAUAAUUAUCAUAUCAAACCAGAUUUGGCUGAAAAUCACUGUGAAGGAGUGUUUGGUGGGUUGAGGGUGCAAGUGAAGGACAUGGAAGCGUGUGAUGGUGAGGAUUUCUGAUUUCAGUGUCCUGUUUGCUUAACAGGAACUGUUGACUGGAGCUCUUCUAAUUCAUGUAAUUUGAUAAUUAUAGAGUCGAAAUUAUCAUAAAAUAAGUAGUUUAUGUGUCACACAUGAGCAAGUAUUUUGUCUGAAAUCUGAGAUCAAAAAUGGAAAGAACCACUCAUGAAGAACGCGUGUGAAAGGAAAACAAAUGUUUGGAGUAAGGGUGAGCUUUGAAGUGAUGGCCACAAGGGGGCGUUAAAGGCGUUGACUUAGUGACGAGAUUCAUCUCUGUUGCGCUUCGUGAAUUCUCGUAAGGCAAACUGUUGAAUCAGUGUGACGGCGCCGAUAUGAAGGAAACCCAUAUCGAUAAUUAUAACUGAUCACCAAUAUUAUUAUGACCGACAUAUUUUUAUUCAUUUCACAACUUUAAUAGCUGCUAACCUCUGAAGACUCGAAAUGGUGGUCAUAAUGUUAAAGAUGUCAGGUGUAUGUAGCGUGACCAAAAAGUGGUUCAGUCAAAAGUGAAUGUGUUUAAAUACUGAAGCUAAAUAACAUGUUUUUUUAGGUGUUCACACCACAGCAGGAGUGUUAAAAGCUUCUGGGCAAAUUCGACACAAUCGGCAAAAAUAAAUACAUAAACUGUUCAUCCUGUGCUCCUCAAUGUUCAUGGAGUUUGAGACGAAGGGUCUACGUAUGUGAACGCACGAGCAAGACUAUUGAGGGACCAGAAAGCUUUUACCUGUCAUAGGCGCCUCCGACAAAUGCUAAGCUAAUUGCUAACGUGGCACAGAUGGUUUUCAAAACACUUUCGCACAGGUAAAAACAAACAAUAUCUGACUCGCUAACCAUUUAGCAUCCUAGCAAACACAGAAAAAAACAGCUAUGAAGAAACCUGGUGAACUUCAUUUUGCCUGAAAGUUAUUGCACGUGCAGUCGUGAAGUCACUUGUCUGAGUCAAAUGUA